UUGUUGUGUCAUCGAGCUUCCGGUUACUCGCUACAGAGUUUAUAUUAUUCUCUUUUGUGCUAGCUAAAGCCACAAGAAUGCAUUGUUUUUAAACCUAAAUACUGCGAUACAGCUAAGUUAACUACAACCUCACACCUGUAUUUCACUGUGGUUGUCCUGCACAAACAGCACGACCACAGCCAGGUUGAGCACAUUAGCAGCGGACUGCAGCAGUCAGUGGAGCCCUGGCAUGCUAACACACUGUAAUCCAGUGACUGGCUUGUGUAACUUGUUUGCAUCGCACCUUUAAAAUCUUCACACGUUAACAAUGACACCAGACUCAGCUGCUGGAUAGCUUGCUGUCGGGUAAAAUGUCACAGCGUGGAAUGGAGCAAAGGUCAACAUUUUCUCUUACAUGCAAAUGGCAGCAUGUAGCACUUUAACUACAUUUUCAUCACCCUGUUAGAUGGUUCAUACUCACCGUUUCAGUAUUCUCUCGAAUGGGGAGGCCGACAGGUUGAGAGGAUACCACAGUGUGAGUGACGUUUUCAACCCCCGACUGCGCGGUUUGUUUGUUCUGUUUCAAGUAGGAAGUGUGCAGCUUUUCAAGUGGAAACAAAUCCUCACAUGGUGGUUUGACAGAGCACAAAAGUUACACUCUGCAUCAAAGAGUGGUCCACAAACCCAGCUGACACAAUGGUAGCGGAUGACACAGCUGGAAGUGGGGACAGAUCAGACGGGGAGAAAGAAAUGGACCCGAAGUUGCCUGCAUCUGAAGACGGAGACGUAGACAUGGCUGUCUCUGCUUCUGAGGGCCCGUCUCCCUCCGAGGGUCCCCCAGAGGAAGUCAGGGAGCCCAGAAAGUGGAAGUGGGCUGUGAUAUUCUUGUGUUUCUAUGGGUUUAUGUCAUCGAUAAAGCCCGGGGAGCCCUUCAUCACGCCAUAUCUGCUCAGCUCUGAGAAGAACUUCACCAGGGUACAGGUGACCAAUGAGAUCACUCCCGUGCUGACGUACUCCUACAUGGUCGUGCUGGUGCCGGCCUUCCUGCUGACGGAUCUUCUGCGCUACAAGCCGGUCCUGAUCAUCCAGGGUGUCAGCCAGGUGGUCAUCUGGCUCAUUCUGCUCCUGGGCACCACCCUCCUCGAGAUGCAGUUCAUGGAGUUCUUCUACGGCAUCACCAUGGCCUGCCGCGUCGCCUACUCCUCCUACAUCUUCUCCCUGGUCAGUCCAGUCCUCUACCAGCGUGUGGCCGGGUACUCGCGCUCCUCAGUCCUCUUGGGGGUGUUCACCAGCUCCGUGGUGGGCCAGCUGUGCAUGUCCCUGGGCAACAUCAGCUUCUACACCCUCAAUGCUAUAUCUUUGGGUUUCGUCAGCUUUGGUCUGGUGCUCUCACUGUGCCUCCCUUGGCCUAAACGCUCCCUGUUUUUCAACCGGAUGUGGAAUCAGGAGCAAAGGGAACUGGCAGCAGUAGCCACCAAGUCCGAACUGGACAAAAUUAACCCAACGCCAUCCUCGGCAGCCCCCCCGUGCACUGCAUCACGCUGGAAGGAUUCUGUUAUGGUGCAGAUGCUGCUUGAGGUGAGAAACGUGGUGAGGAGGCCCAACCUGAGGCUCUGGUCCCUGUGGUGGGUGUUCAACUCCACAGGGUACUACCUGGUGCUGUUCUACGUUCACAUCCUGUGGAACAAAGUCGAGAACAAGCAUGUUUACAACGGGGGAGUGGAGGCAGCUUCUACCUUGCUAAGUGCGGUGACGUCCUUCAUCGCUGGCUAUGUGAAAAUUCGGUGGAACGUCUGGUCUGAGCUGGUGAUCGGUGUGAUCACAGCGCUUCAGGCAGGUCUGCUGCUCCUCAUGUACACCACAAACAGCAUCUGGGCCUGCUACAUUUCCUACGUCCUCUUCAGAGGCUUCUACCAGUUUCUGGUGCCUAUUGCCACUUUCCAGAUUGCCUCGUCCCUCACCAAGGAGCUCUGUGCGUUAGUAUUUGGCAUCAACACCUUUUUGGGGACCAUACUGAAGAGUAUCAUCAUCCUGAUAUUUGUUGACAAGAGAGGCCUGGCGUUCGACGUUCACGCUCAGUUCCUGGUGUACUUCAUUUACUUCACCAUUCUCACCUUCAUCUACUUUGUCUGCGCUGCUGUGGUCUUAAUCGGUCACUAUAGAAACAAACCCAUGGAAGGAGGCGGGACCAAUGAACAGGCCACGCCCACUGAGCUGCACCCUGUGGCUGCAAAUUCAGUGGCAGAAACUUUAUCUAACGGCAAAAAUGGCAACGCAUAAUGCCAAGAAACAUGUCGUUUCAAUGCUCUCCUGUUGCUGGAGCGGUUUGUUUGGUGUUUGCUGCUGAGCCUUAAUCAUAGAAGUGCCUCGUCUGCUACCUAAAGCUCCUGCACUAUACCAGUCAGACUGCUGGCGUCUUGUGUCUGACGUCUCAACGUAAAGUAAAUUCUACUUUUUUUUUAUUUAAUACGAAGCACUAUGUACUAUGCUUUCACAUGGUGGCAAAUCAUCUUCAACACAAAGAGGGGACCAUUAAUGUAAUGGCCAGAAUUGAGCCUUUUUUUUGUGUGUUUUGUACAGGAAACAGGAGAAUUAGUUGUAACAUGCUGAACUGUCCUGUUUCAGUGACAGUGAGGUUCAUUAUUACUAUGUGAUCACUAAAUAUCACUUUAAAACAGUCUGCAGCUUUGAAAGACAUCACACAUUUUAUUUUUCUCAUUGACACUCCUGUUAUAUCUAAUGUCACACCUCCAUGAUUACGUUGUUUAAAAAUUGACCAUAUCAGUAUACGGUACUUGCAUUUUAGAUAUGGUUUACCUUUCUGUAUCAAUAAUCACAUCACAUUGUUAUAUAAUCAGACGAUAAUGGGUAUCUUCUUCCCUUGUAUCGGUUUAUUUGAAGCUGUAAACUGCAGAUUUUAUGCAGUAUGUUAAAUUACGAUUCAUUUUUUUGAAAUAUUGCUGUAUUAAUGCUGUUAAAACAUGCUACAGAAUGUGUUUAUAAUCAUUUCAGAAAGUAAUGUUUAGAAAUAUCUUCACACUGAUAUAGACUUAUUUGGUUAAAGACACGACUGAAUUUGGUUAUUAGAAAUGUGAUAUUUCUUCUUAGUGUUUUCAGCAUUACAUCGGGUGCAGAUACUGCCUGAUAGGUGAAAAACAAAGCAUCAGUUGAUAUCAUUGCUGCUAAUUCGGCGCCUGUGACUACGUGCCAUUUCGACAAAGGAGGACUUCGACUCCUAAAACCUGGUUGUUUUUAUUUUAGGUUCAAGUACGGCUGUUUUUACAUUAAUCAAAAACUGCAGGAAGCAUAUGACCGGCAGAGAACAUAGGAACGCAGCGUUAAAACAUUCAGUGGGUUUUAAAAUGUCCAUAUGCUUUCUUUUAAAAGCAGAUGUGGCCCUUAUUUAGAUUUUGAAUAAAAAGGAUCUUUCUUACAAUAUAUAGGAACAACAGUAGGAGUUUUGAGUUGGAUUGUACUUACAUUCAGAAUGUAUAGAUAUUUUUUACAUUUUUGAUUGAAAAAAUUGCUGAGAAAUAACUGUGAACCUGUCUGAAUGCUGUAAAAAGAAAACACACUAAUAUGUUUUAUUUUUUAUUCACAAAUAAAUUACAUUUGGUGGAUAAAAAGUUUGAUGCUUUUUUCGGUCGGUACUAAACCAUCAUGUUCAUUACUUAAGUAUGAAAGUAGUGAAAGUGCCUUGCUCAGUGACCUCAAAAGCAGUCCUUAAUGGUGAAGAACAAGUUUAAGAUAUGUUGAUUUUGUCCCUUAAAGCCUAAGAAUGUCAAUUUGUCACAGAUUUUGUUUUUUAUAUAUAUUUGUAUGUCUUUUUAUAAUGUUAUUGUUUGAUUUGAAACAUUUUGGAGCUCUGAAGAGAAAAAAAUAUCCAAUAUUUUACAAUGUAAUAGGGUGCGUUUCUCAAAGAGGGCAUCAAAUCAUCAGCAGAGAACAUGACUUGUUUUUGGAACAUGAAAGCAAAACAUUGCAUUGUAAUGAGCAUGAUUUGUGUUAAAGUUAGAUUUUUUUCAGAAUUUUUGGUGAAAAGAACACCAGACACACAUUAUUGUUUGAAGCAGACUAUUUGUAUAUAUGUCUUAAUAAACGUCUGUAGGAGAUCAUUUCCCUGAAGGUAAAAUGUGAUGUAAUUGUUGAUCUUUAAGGGGUUUUGUGGCUGAAGUCCUAAAUGAUUUAAGCAUUAUGUUGAGUUACAACCAACUGUUCAGUAUCAAAUUGCACAGUUCUCUCUAGCACACAAUUAUACAGCUGAUUAGUAUUUUAGAUGCUAAUACCGGGAGUACUGUGAGGUACUAGGUUUAUAGACAAUGGUUUUGUAAAUGUGACUUGUUUGGUCAGCUGUAGUUGCUGCUCACAGCACGAAGAGACCUUUGAUUCUUAUGUGUUUUUCUGCAUUUCUUUUUUUUUUUUUUUAAUCUCGACUGUUUAUACAGCUGAA